CGAUUAAAUUAAAAAAAUGUAUUUAUAUGGAAUAAGUUAAACAUUAAAUAAAUAAUUUCAAAAAUAAAUAGAAAAUAUGCUAUUGUUAUUAUUAAUUCUAAUACCCGUGUUGUGGAUCGUUUACAAGGAACAAUUCUAUGCCAGAAAACGUCGAAAAAUCGCACAUACCCAGGGUCCAAAGAUGUUGCCCUUCAUUGGAAAUGCUCAUCAGUUAGGGAAGACACCGCACGAUAUUUUAAAUUUUAUGUUUGACAACUUUUACAAAUACAACCAUCACAAUUUUCGGGUCUGGAUUGGUUACUAUUUGAAUAUUUUCGUCACAGAACCCCAGGAUGUGGAGUUCAUUCUCUCCAGCUCUAGUCUUAUCAAAAAAUCCGACAUCUAUGAAAUGACUUUUGAUUGGCUGGGCGAUGGACUGCUGACGGGUUCCGGACCGAAAUGGCACAAACAUCGCAAGAUCAUAACACCGGCAUUUCAUUUCAAAAUUCUACAAGAUUUCCAUGAGGUUAUGAAUAAAACUUCCAACAAAUUUAUGGAAAAAUUGAGGGAGGCCUCGAAAGGGGAUAACAUUUUUGAUUUUCAAAAUAUGGUCAACUAUUUUACAUUGGAUGUCAUUUGUGAUACUGCCAUGGGUGUCAGCAUCAAUGCCAUGGAUAAUCCCCAUACCGAAUUUGCCAAGGCUGUGGAAUACAUUUGUGCCAACAUUAACAUGAGGGCAUUUCAUCCCCUCAAGCGCAGCAAACUGACAUAUCAAUUCUUUCCGGAAUACCAGGAUUACUGCAAGGCUGUGAAGACUCUAAAGGAUUUUACAUUUGAUGUCAUCGAGAAACGCAUAAAACUCCAUCGGGCCCAGGAAGAAAACAAAACCCUUGACAGUGGCCAUGAUGAGUUUAGCAAGCCCAGAAGGGCAUUUUUGGAUACACUUCUCUCCGCCAGGGUGGAUGACAGACCCUUUACCACCCAGGAGUUAUAUGAGGAGGUGUCCACAUUUAUUUUUGCCGGUCACGAUACCACAUCCUCGGCCAUAUCCUUUGUCAUUUAUCUCCUUUCACGCCACCUAGCCGUCCAGGCCAAAGUCUUUGAGGAGCAGCAGCGCAUAAUGGGUGAACAUAUGAAACGUGAUGCCACAUUUCAGGAAAUUGCCGAUAUGAAAUAUUUGGAUAUGGUGUUAAAGGAAACCCUAAGGCUGUAUCCCAGUGUACCCAUGGUGGGUAGGCACACCGAAAAGGAGUAUAAUAUGAAUGGCAAACUAAUACCCGAGGACACUUCCCUAAACAUCUUCAUCAUGUCGUUGGGUUACAACGAGCAUAACUUCCCCGAUCCCUAUCGUUUCGACCCGGAAAGAUUUGCCGACGGCACUGAGGCCCAUAAACCCUUUGAGUUGGUACCCUUUAGUGCUGGCCUGAGAAAUUGUAUUGGCCAGAAAUUUGCCCAACUUGAAAUUAAAACUGUGAUAUCGAAAAUUAUAAGAAAUUUUCAAAUUCUUCCAGCCAUUGAUGAGUUGGCUUCCAAAGAUGGCUAUGUUAGUAAUAUUUUGGGGCCCUUGAGGGAGGAGCAGAGGCCGAAACUACAUAAAUAUGAACCGAAAUUGGAAAUGGUAUUGACAUUGAAAUCGGAAAAUGGAAUUAUGGUGAGAAUGAGAGAAAGAAAUUGAGAGAAAUAAAAAUUCCGUUUGAGGCUUA